AUCCUAUCUUCCACUAUGUUUGUUGCCAGCGAAGCAGACACUUUCUAGAGUCGACAAGAUCCUGAAACUCGCGGGCGUCCAGCUCUAAUAUUAAGAAUGCUGGGUCCUAGGUUGUAUACUCUGCUCUCGUGUUUUCACAUCUUUCAAGCUUGGUCCAUAAGAAAUGUAGACUUGACCCUCCCCGAUUCGGGGAUCCACAGUCAUGACUCCAGGCAUGGAGGGAUCAGAAUGGGGGUCCCAGAUGACCUUUGUGACAAUGGAAAGAAUUACCUAAAUGUGGAUUGGAACCUUAAAGAUCCCUCUUUGUAUAGUUGUACCUCACGAUUGGUUGUACCUAUAGCACCAGAAAUAAAGACAAGGGCUUAUUGCACCGAUCAUGAAGAUAUGCCUAUCCAUGUAUGCAUGAACGAAACAAUUACAUAUACGGAAACUAUACCUUUAAGCGGUCGUCAUCGUCCUUUGUGGCCUGUUUAUGGCGAGUAUCUUUACCUCCCACCACAAAGAUGGGUGCAUUCCUUAGAGCAUGGUGCUGUGGUUAUGUUGUAUCAUCCUUGUGCCAGAAAAGACGAGGUCCAAAAAUUGAGAACCAUAGUAGAGAGUUGUUUACGGCGUCACGUUAUAACACCGUAUAAUAAACUCCCAUUGGCAGAGCCUUUUGCACUUGUGACUUACAAGUGUCGACUUACAAUGAACUACAUAGAUGAAGAUGCUGUGAUAAAAUUUAUUAAGAAACAUGCCCUUAAAGCACCGGAAAGAGCAGUGUGGAGAGACGGGGAUUAUGCUUUUGGUUUGUUAAAAACUAGCAAGACUUUAUAUGGGAGUAACGAGAAAGAUACUACUCUUUGCCCUCUGCUGCGCAUGUACGGAAAUGCAGAAUGAACGAUAAGCAACCGGAUGUGAACUCUAGUCAUUAUUUAAAAAUAUGUGUUGGUGUUUAACAUUUUAUUUUAUUAAAUAAUUUCAAUCAUA